ACUCAGCGAACAACAAUGGCGCUGCUACUCCUCUUCCUCUUGAUCCAAGCUCCCUUCCAUGCUCAAGCAUCCGAAAACAUCACAUUAGGGUCCACGCUAACACCUCAAGGCCUAAACACCUCAUGGAUUUCAUCCUCCGGUGAAUUCGCGUUUGGCUUCCGCUCCCUCGAGAGCAACCCCGCUGUCUACCUCCUCGCCAUCUGGUUUAACAAGAUCGCCACCAAAACUGUUGUUUGGUACGAGCACACCAACACAACAGUACCAGCUGGCUCCCAGCUGCAGCUCACACCUGGUGGCGUGCUUUCGCUCCAGGACCCUGCCGGUGAAUUGAUAUGGAAUCCCGGGGUGACCAACGUCGACCAUGCCAGCAUGCUCGACACCGGCAAUUUCGUACUGUUUGGCAAAGAUGGCUCCAUCAAAUGGGAGAGCUUUGCAUCCCCAACUGACACCAUCCUCCCCUCCCAGGUGCUGCCCAAAGGGGCAGUUCUACACAGUCGGCUGAUGGACAACGACUAUUCGGAUGGAAGGUUUGUUCUUAGCGUAGAGCUUGAUGGCAACCUAAGGUUUUACACCUUGGCUGUUUCCUCCAGUUCCCGCUAUGAUCCUCCAUAUUGGGAUUCUGACACAGGUGGAAAUGGUUCAAGCCUUGUGUUCAACACAACUGGCAACGUCUACUACACUUUAAAUUCUGGCCAACCAAUCAAAAUUACGUCAGAAAAUCUGGACUCACCGGCAGACUACUACAAACGAGCUACACUUGACGCAGAUGGCGUGUUCCGGCAAUAUGUGUACCCCAGGAAGGCAGCACAGAACAGUGUAUUGAACACAGAGUGGAGAGUUAUGGACUAUCUCCCACAAAAUUUCUGUAAGGUUAUCCCGGCAGAGAUUGGAAGUGGUGUCUGUGGGUUCAACAGCUACUGCAGUUUCAACACAAACAAGAGUGUGGAAUGUGAGUGCCCACCGAACUACUCAUUCAUCGAUAAUGAGAAGAAGUACAAAGGUUGCAAGCCAGAAUUUGCUCCACAUAGCUGUGACUUGGAUGAUACUGAAUCUAUGCAACAAUUCAGCCUACUUCCAAUGAUCAAUAUCAAUUGGCCUUUCGGCGACUAUGAGCGGUACAGCCCCAUUGGUGAGGAUUAUUGCCAAAAACUUUGCUUAACUGAUUGCUUUUGUGUCGCUGCGGUGCACUAUAACAGUACUUGUUGGAAAAAGAGGAGCCCCUUGUCCAACGGAAUGUCCGGUGCCAUAGUGGGAUCAGUUUUUCUCAAAGUUCCCAGGAAUAAUACUCCUGGGUCCCAGCAGAGCAGUAACUCCAAUACAUGGAAGAAAGAGAGGAGGUAUUGGAUACUGGGAAGUUCACUACUCCUUGGAGGAUCUGUCCUUGUUAUUGUUUUCCUCAUCUCCAUCCUGUGUUUUGGAUCUUACCGUGUUAUUAGCCGAAAAAAAUCAACUCAGGUACAAUCAAUAAAUUAUGAGGCAUUGCCUCUUAGAGCAUUCACAUACAAGGAGAUUGAGCAGGCGACAGAUGGAUUUCGUGAAGAGCUGGGCAGUGGUUCAUCCGGUAUCGUAUACAAGGGCCAGUUGCAAGAUGAGUUUGGGACUGGCAUUGCAGUCAAGAGGAUUGAUAAGAUGCUCGCAGAGACUGAGAAAGAGUUUGCCAUUGAGGUUCAAACCAUCGGAAGGACCUUCCACAGAAACUUGGUGCGGCUGCUCGGUUUCUGUGGUGAAGGAAGAGAGAGGCUUCUAGUGUAUGAGUUGAUGACCAAUGGCUCACUUAAUGGAUUCCUUUUCUGUGGUACAAGGCCAACCUGGAAUCUCCGCGUUCAAGUCGCACUUGGGGUGGCAAGAGGCCUGCUGUACUUGCAUGAGGAAUGCAACAGUCAAAUAAUCCAUUGUGACAUAAAGCCCCAAAACAUCCUUCUUGAUGAGAAUCUCGUGGCAAAGAUCUCAGACUUUGGCCUAGCAAAGUUGCUCAGGAAAAAUCAGACACAGACGAACACGGGUAUCAGAGGAACUCGAGGGUACGUCGCACCCGAGUGGUUCAAAAACAUAGGGAUCACAUCCAAGGUGGACAUUUACAGUUUUGGGGUGAUCUUGCUGGAGAUUGUGAGUUGCAGACGGAACGUGGAGCUAGAGAUAGCAGAUGAGGAACAAGCAAUACUGACAUAUUGGGCAAACGACUGCUACAGAAGUGGGCGGCUUGACUUGUUAGUAAAGGGCGAUGACGAGGCAAUCUUCAACAUAAACAAGGUGGAACGCUUUGUCGCCGUGGCAUUGUGGUGUCUCCAAGAGGAGCCGACAAUGCGGCCUACCAUGCUGAAAGUAACACAGAUGCUCGAUGGAUCCGUCACAAUCCCCACACCCCCUGACCCAUCUUCGUUCAUCAGCUCACUCCAAUAGAAGAGCGUGUUCUUAAGUGAAAGUGGCAGUGUGAUAUAAGAGUAAAACAGGCAUAUAUUACUACAACAAAUGAUAAGCAUCAGUGGAGGUUCCUUCAAGCGUAGGCAAAUGGAAGUAGGAAAGUAACUGCUUCAUAUGUUACUAUGUUCCAAAAAUAAAUGUAGGUUUCUGCAAUCGUCAUGUACUAUUAUCUUUAUAGGUCCAGUACCAGAGUUAAGACAUGAAUGUAUAACUUUGUGAUUUGUGAAUCAGUGCGCAUUUUUGGUAUAUUUGCCUAGCAUUAAAGGAUGAAACUGCAAGCUGCAAGAAAACAGUGAAAUGUAGUGCGUGGCAGGAUUGGGAACCAGCGGGGUUUACAGCUGAAAAGCUAGUGGUGAUGACUUAUUUAAGAAACACCAGUUUCCCAUUUCAUGGAGGCUCGCUCGUCGCUCUUAGCCAGGUUAAGGCCAGGUCACUAUGUUAUCAACCCUCAGGAUUUUGAUGAUGAGUUGUAAUAUCUGUAACGUUGAUACGACAAGUUGGGAGUACUAACUUUCAUACCAAAGGGCUGAUUAACGCGGAAGAAUAAGUAUCUAAGUCGAUGUGGCGGACAGCAGAUUGAAGUGGGUACUGGUGUGAAAUUUGUGGCCUCUGAGCAAGUUGAUUCUGAGGACUCCAACCAGGAAUCACCACACAAAAUGUAUGCAAAAUACAAGGUAAACAAGUCAUCGCGGAAGCGAUGUAUUGUACGGAGCAUGGAACUCCCCAAACCUCCUGGCACUCACCGAUGACCAGACCCUUCUCCUCGAACUUCCGGCUCCAGCGCUCUCUCCGCCUCCAUCGAUCUGCGACCGGAGCGGUGGGGGAGUGGAACUGCGGGAGGGAAUGCGAAGGGCAGCUGUGGAAGGCCUGACUCUGCGCCGCCGCGGCCGGACUGCCGGAGCGCACCACCGUUGCCGUCAGAGAGCCGAGAGGCGCACU